CAAAGCCUCAGAAGAAGAAGAAGGUUUGAAUAAGAAGCUCUGUCGUUCUUUCGAACACAGACACAGACUCGUGCUGUUAAUCACCGCGUUUAACUGGACUGUAGCGGGUUAAUGAAUGCACUCAACCAGGAUGAGAAGCUCGUCCUCGCUACUCUCCUCCCCUCACUCUCCUCUCCCAGCCCCUCGACCUCUGAUGUUGACGUCUUCAGUGAGCGGCUGUCCCGAACUUGACCUCUCUGUCGUAGCCUCCCCGGCUCCUAAAAGUGAGCGAGCAAAGCUGCACCAUCGCUCUCAUGCACAGACCGCAAGGAAGAAGGAUGCACAGGUGAUGACAUCGAGGUCUCUCCAUAUUCACAUGUGUUGUACCACAGAGCAGCCAGCAGAGGGCACAGUAACACUGGAGCCUCACUUCACAUCACAUCAGCAGCCAGUCAGAGUCCUCAGACAGCUGCUGGAGUGUCCUGCUGAUCCGGGCUGUACGGAGAGCGCGGGGUUAAACAGCACACUGGCUCUGAAGGCGGAGCUUCAGUCACUGCAGGGGGCAGAAUUUAACUCUCAGAGGGCCAUUCAGGAAACUCUGCGUCGAUCAGAGAGGACCAAGAACCUGAUUAAUACAAGAGCUACUGAAGUUGUGAACGUCAGUCGCUCCCAGCAUCUCUUCACUUCUCUGGUGAGCGUCAGCGUGCAGAAGGAUCGGCUCCUCAGCCAGAGUCUUCAUGACAGAGCGCUCACACAUCCACACAGCCAGGACCUCAGAGCAGCACAUGGCCCCUCCCUGGACAUCUUCAUGUCCUCUAACAUGGUCAGACAGAAGCCCCUCCCCCCAAAUGAAGAGCCCGUGCAUGACAAGCCCAAGCCGUCAUCGCGACCCGCCCACUCAACCUUUGACCUCUUCAGAAGGCAGAGACGGUGGGAGGGCACGUCCUGAUACUCCUGCUGUCCAUUUUUGUGUGUUCAGUGUGAACAGAGACUUUUACAAAUGAUCAAGUUCCUCAUGAAUAUGAGCUGUGAAUAAAAAGCUCAGUUUAAAACAAA